UAUGGAUCUUUUCUCUCCUGUAGUUCUGCGUUUGAUGUGAAGACAGGGUUGAGGGUGGCUGUGAAGAAGCUGUCCAGACCAUUCCAGUCCAUUAUUCACGCCAAGAGAACAUACAGAGAACUACGGCUGCUCAAGCAUAUGAAACACGAAAAUGUAAUUGGUCUAUUAGAUGUUUUUACGCCUUGCACGUCUUUGGAGGAGUUCAAUGAUGUGUAUUUGGUGACUCACCUGAUGGGAGCAGAUCUAAAUAACAUUGUGAAGUGUCAGAAGUUAACAGACGACCAUGUUCAGUUCCUUAUUUAUCAAAUCCUCAGAGGCCUAAAGUACAUCCACUCCGCAGACAUCAUCCACAGAGACUUGAAGCCAAGUAAUUUAGCUGUAAAUGAGGACUGUGAGCUAAAGAUUUUGGACUUUGGUUUGGCACGGCACACAGACGAUGAGAUGACCGGGUACGUGGCCACUCGCUGGUAUCGCGCUCCAGAGAUCAUGCUGAAUUGGAUGCACUACAAUAUGACAGUGGAUAUCUGGUCUGUGGGCUGCAUCAUGGCUGAACUCCUCACAGGACGCACACUGUUCCCCGGCACCGACCACAUAAACCAGCUGCAGCAGAUCAUGCGAUUGACUGGAACGCCUCCAGCCUCUCUCAUAAGCAGGAUGCCCAGCCACGAGGCAAGAAACUACAUAAACUCACUUCCCUACAUGCCCAAGAGGAACUUCGCUGACGUCUUCAUUGGAGCAAACCCUCUGGCGGUGGACCUUCUAGAGAAGAUGCUGGUCCUGGACACAGACAAAAGAAUCACCGCGUCUGAGGCGCUGGCUCACCCGUACUUCGUUCAGUAUCACGACCCGGACGAUGAACCUGAAGCUGAGCCGUACGACCAGAGCUUUGAGAGCCGCGAGCUUGAAAUCGAGGAGUGGAAGAGAUUAACAUAUGAGGAGGUAGUGAGCUUCGAGCCUCCACACUUCGAUGGAGACGAGAUGGAAUCCUGACUUUCCUCCUCCUCUCCUCCUCUUUGUAAUAUAAAACGGCACUCUUUUGGGACGAUCAUGAAGCUUUCUCACUCCUCCAUCUCAUCCAAGUGCCUGUCACUUCCAUUUUAGGCAAUCAGGGAACCAAUCAAAUCAGUUCUACCCUCCAGAACAUUAUAGCAAUUUAAUGGCUCUUUCUGUUACCGCCCAUUAAUUUUAAAGGUCCUAUUUUAUGCCCAAUGGCGCUGCACUUGAUUUUUACUGUCUUAAAAAACAUGAAAACCAGAACUAGUUCAUUUUAAACAGUUUGCAGUGGUCCAAACUUAUUCCUCACUUACCUUAUUAUGCACCACGAUGAGUUUAUGACUUUCCCAAGCCAGAGUGGAGUUUGGCUGUCACAGUAAAACAACUAGCAUGCUAACACACACUUUAUCCCGAUUAUCAGGCAAUAGAACACACAGCAGCACACUUAUAUUGUAUAAGCAGCUCUUAAGGUCAAAGUAUCUGUACUGGGGCAAGACAAAUUGUUUUCAAAUUCAAUCCAUACACUAUUUUGUUCAACUUGAUUAAGCUUGUAUAUUUACUCCCACCUUGUGAUAUCAUUAGGUAGUAAAAAGGGAUAGUCUCUGCGCCCUCUCAUGGUGUUUUGCACACAUAGUUGAGUUACUGUGACCUGUUUUUCCUUAGAAAACUUGCCAAAUGCCAAAGUGUAAAAAAAAAAGCCUGUAUAAUGUUUAAAAUAGGACCUUUAAAUCAUUCUAUUUGGUGUUUUUACCUCAUUAUUGUUUACGUGUAAUCCCCAACUUUUGUAACAUUACAUUUCAGUAUCAGGUAAAAACAACGUGCAUCUGAGAAUAAUAUUGCGGAAAAGUUGAACAGUCACAAAGUUAUCUACACUCUGUGCCAGUGCUAAAUCAAGAUAAAUGAGUGUUGCUUCAGGGAGAGCAUCUGAUUAAAAAAAAAAAAAAAGUCUUAUCUCACACUGUUUGCUCAACCACACAUAAAAAUCUGCUAAUCUGCUUUGACCUGGCCUAUCUCAGGUAAACAUUACAGGAAUAUAACAUACUGGGAUCUAAGACGAGGGGAGGGCAUCUGACACACAACAGUUUAACAUUUCCACAAUAUUGGAGCUUAUUGAGAUGCACUCAAACAAUGUAUAUACCAAGGAUCAGUAUUUUGUACCAUAAAGACAGAAGAUAUUGUAUUUUAACACUUUAUUAGGUACACUUGUCCUAAGCCUAGUUUAGUCCUGAUGUAGACUUGGUUUAGUUCAGGUUUACUCCUAGUUUAGUUCUUGGUCUAGGAAAGGAUUUUGUUGUUUAGUUGUAAAACCCAGUUUAGUUACAAUUUUAUAUGGACUAAUUCAAGUUCUAACAAGGACAGGACCAGGACCAGGACUUAAACCGAGGUUGAACCAGGACUACCCCGGGACUAAACCAGGCCCACACAUGGACUAGACCAGAACUAAACCAGGGCUAAACUAAGACUGAACCGGGACCCCAACUUUCUUGAUUUAAACUCAGGAUUACAGUACAAUUUUAGUUGAUAAUCGUUAGAGCAGGUGUACCUAAUAAACUGACCAGUGAGUGCGUUUCCACAGCCACUGCACACUUCAGGACAUGAAAUGUACAUUGUGAAUUCAAUUUAUUUCUACAAUUUCACAUUUAACUAAAUCACAUGAAUUGUAUUGAAGCCUGGUGGUCCAAAACGGCGUCUGUGUUUAGAUUUGAAUAUGUGUAAUGGCCCGUGAAGGUAAUUCUGGCAAUGACAUAGAUUAGAAUGUUGUGGAAAAUCUUCUUUUUUUUUUCUAUUAAUGCAGAGAAGUGUUGUUUUAUCAGUGAUUCUCUAAUGCUACUCAAAUGCUCCUGAUUUUACAAUUAGAAAGGAAAACUGGCUCCACAAGUAUAUUAUAACUGAAUUUAGACUAAGCCAGAUCUUGGCCAUGGUGGAAAUGCACAUGGAUUGAAUCUGUGACUUAAAAACUUUGACUAAAGCAAGGCUAGAGAUCAGAACUCAUCUUUUCACCCUGGAAUAAAUCGCGGGUCUGAACCAGGUCUGAACCAGGUCUGAACCAGGUUACUGACUCGGACCAGACUUAGACCACGACUAGACAUGCACAAAAGAGCUGGACUAAAGCAUCAAGCUCUAUCUGAACCAGAGCAAAGGAUUAAACCAGGUCUUAAUCAGGUCUAAGACUUCUCUCUAACCAUGAUCUUGGGCCACUUUGAGAACCACUGAUUAGGGUUGGGCGGUAAUACGGUAUUAUGGUAUACUGCAGUAUCAAAAAGUAACAAUAGUAUCAGUUUCAUUACCGUCAUAAAAAAAAAAAUCUGCAGCACAUAAGGACCUAAUAUAAUAUUAUAAUUUACUGAUAUCUAAAUUUGUUUGCUCAGCACAAAUUAAUGUGUGGUUGUUUUUCAGUUUAAUGCAAUCACGAUUUAAAUCUAAUAUUAUCUAUAAUGUUUCUUGGGGAGACGACGUUCGAUUAGUUUCGUUCCGCUGUCACGUGAUGCUCAUAAGGGAGACCAAGACAAGAUGCAAGUCUGGCUGCAAGCGAGUUUGUCCCCCAAAAAAUACUAGUACUUCAGCAAUUUGGCAGCAUUUUGGCUUCAGGUGCACAUUUCUUUACGUUUUACAGAAACGAAACUUAAAACCGCAUGGCUAAUUUGCAUGAACUGUACGUGCUGAUAAAAACAGCUUGCUUCUUGUGCUGCUGAUGCGGUUCAACUUUUGUCGGACUAAAAGACACGACUCAGUGGAAUAUGUUUUUUCAGUGGAAUAUAUGUUUUUUCUGCGAGAGGAUUUGGCGGCUGACUGUGAAUCGCGGCUGUGCAUGUCACGUUGGAAACGGUUCGUGUUUUAACUUUUCAGAGAUUAUGGGCCUGGCUCCACCGCAUGUGUAUUUCGCCCUACAUGAGCGUAAAAACUGCAAAUUUUGGACGCGUAACUUUUAGAAUGCAUGGAACGUGAAUGAGGGCGGUGCGCGCCUGAAGCAGCGCGUCCUGCGCUCGUAGAUUCCAGAACAUAGGAUCCAUCCAAUUUUUGACGCUCCACGCAAGCGCAGGUGCGUGUCCCCAUCAAAAUAUAGAGAGAGCAUGAAUCUUUGGUUGUAUUUGUGCGUUUACCAUCAGUACAACGUACACCUGGGGCAGAUCUGUGUCGUAUGAAAGAGCCCAGUUCCAGAAAGACUGUUAAUAAGUGCUUUAAAAUGUACUUUUGAAAUCCUGGCGUUUGCUGUGGUGAGUUUGUACAGAAGGUAAAUACAAGUGUGUUCAGCUGUUAGUUUCACUGUGGACCUGGUACAAGCGACUAAACGCGCCCAGUCAAGUUUGAUCGUUUUUCGCAUUGACAAACACAGUCAGUGCUGCGCAUGUAUGUCCUGCUGCAGCUGCCGGUGGAGCCGCUCUCUUUGUUUGACGCGUGGCUGUGGUUUUGCGAGGUUACGCACAUAAACGCUGACGUUUUGGUAAUACGGUAAUACUGCAUACCCCGGUAAAAUCCUGAGACGGCAUCACAGUAUCAGAAUUUGGAUACCACCCAACCCUACCAUUGAUAUACCUUACAUUCAAAGAACAUUUAUUUGAAACAUUCUAACUGGGGACCAUGCACUAAAAUUUAAGUUUCUCUCGUUAAUUUCCAUGAUUCACCAUGUGCAUCUUUGUCUAAAUCUGUUACAUUUGACGUAUUUCCCACAACAUUGUAAUUUUUGUGCCCGUUUACUGUGCAUUAAUAAGAUUUGUUUCCAUUGGCUCAUUUAAAGACAUAUGAUUGCAUACUUUUACACUGCCUUUUAUCACUUCUGUAACUCUAGAUUGUUGUGGCAUAUCUUAAAGAGGGGGUAUUAUGCCAAAUUCAUUUUUUUUUUUGGCUUUCUACCAUGUUAUAACUUUGUUCUCGCAUCAAAAAGAAGCCUGAAGCCUACGUCUCCCACAUUCCCACACAAUAAUUCUCCAUAAAUCUACAAAGCAGGAUUAAAACCACACACUAAAUCUUCACAAACCUUAUGUGAUGUGCAGUAGUUUCAAAACGAUAAAAGGCAACAUUGUGGUUUAAAUGUGUUAUGUGUUAGCAGUUAAUACCCCAUAGAAGUGUAAUACCUCCUCUUUAAAUACUUACCUGAAAUUCUUAAUGUAUUGAAUGUUUUGGGGGCACCGGUCUUGCAUCUCGGCUUGUAUUUAAGAACUUUUAUUAUGUUGUUUGUAUAUCAAUGUAAAAGAUAAUAUUUGUAAGUUUUUCUUAUUUUUAUUAUUUAUGAACAGUCACCUGGAUUCUGUUUAGCCAUGGGGACUGCAUUUUAUGUCCAGUAAUGUUUUUAACUCACGAGACUAGAAUGAAUCUAUUUAUAAUCAGUAUUUGAAAUUAUUUAGUUCUUUUUUUUUUUUUUUUUUUUUUUUUUUUUACAUUUAUUUAACCUGUUUUAGUGAUUUUCAACUGGUAAUAUACCAUUUUUAUUUUAUAAGACAAUUUUAUUUAAUGUAACUUACUAUCUUCAAAAUACCAGAAUCUUAACAAGUAUUCAAGGUUUCAAUGGUUGUCCAUAAUUAUCCUUACUAACGAAAAACCAGUAAUAUACAGUCCCGAUUAAAGAUGUAAUAUGUGCAUACUUUUCCACGGAGAUAGUUGAAUGCUUUGCCUGGAAUGUUGGUACACAAACACAUUUAUUUGAUUUUCAUAGUUACAAACAUAUCCUUAAAUUCAACAUUCUAUGCCAUACUGUGGAACAUUCCAGGCAAUGCAAUAACAUCUCUAGGAACCUGAAAAGUUACAUAGUUCAUCUUUAACUGCAAAAACUAAUAAUCCAUUUUAAUUGUCUAGCUUUCAGUUUACAACUAAAUCAAAUCUAAAGCAGGGAAGUUGUCUUGACAUGUCUAAAGUCCAUAGGAGCUGGUUUAACCUCAGCACAACCUGACCAACCAGAUGAAAAUCCAGUUUCUGUUUAUCCUGCGGUACUUUGCCAAAAUUGUAAUAUUGAUUAAUAGUGAAAUCUUAAUCCAACUGCUCUAAAUUGUCUGAAAUAGUUGGUUUUCAGAUUCUAAAAUGUAAAAUGUGAUGUCAUAUUCACAAAAUGUUGAACCUGUGAUUAUAUUCAUGGACUCUGCUCUAUAGGUGCUUUUCACACUUACAGGAAAACGUUUGGAAACAUGCGGGUGAUGACUUCCGUUGUAGUUCCCAACACUGGGCAUGUGAUAAAACCAUGGAUUCAGCAGCAGCGUCUUCACAACCUGCCAGUUUUCCAUGGGGGCAGGAUUUUUUGUGAAAUUCGAUUAUUUAUUUUUUGUGAGGUCAUUCACAUUUUCAGUUAAAUGCGACUUGUUUGUGACUUGUUUGAACUUUAAACUCCCCAAAAGUGUCCCACAUGCGCUUUGGAGGACACCACAAUGUCACAUGCAGUGUGCUCAGUGUUUAUGGAAGUCGCCUAAACAUGGCUGCUUUGUUUGAGUCUUUAGCCUCCUUGUAUUUGGCUUGCAGGCUCUUUAUUUUUUGUUGACAUUGGAGCCAGGACGCCUGUAGCCGCGCUCGGACAUUUCUUUGGCAAUAAUUUGAAAAACCGCUCAGUUCCGAUAAGACUCCUGCAAUUUGACCUGAAUACAGCGAUCCUCCCCAAAUAUGAAUGAACUCAAUAACCUCGCUUUCCCUCCAUUGACUAGACUCCGAGCCUGACAUGUAGGUGGGAUGAAUGUGACCUGGCCGUUGAGACUGAAGUCGCAUGUCAAAAGAUCGGAUAUCUGUCAUUUAGAUUGUCAUUAAAAGUUCAGAUACAGUUCACACGGGAGGAAAAAAAAUCAGAUUUGGGUCACUUCAGGCUGCAGUCUGAAUGUAGACAAUUCGUGCCUUUGAAGUCACUUACAGACAUCUGAUCUGCAGAACAUAACAGAAUGCUACAAUGACUCUAUAUAUAUAUACACAUAUACAUACACACACAUAUAUAUGUGUGUGUGUGUGUAUGUAUAUGUAUGUAUAUAUGUAUAUAUAUAUAUAUAUAUAUAGUUAGACAAAUUAUAAUACACAAAUUAAUAUGCAAUUUAUAAAAAGGAAUAAAAAAAGAGACAUUUAAAUUAAGAAAACUGAGCCAUUUUCUCAGUUUUCUGCUAUCACCAACAGAGCCCAAAGGAAGUCACAUGUUUCCAAACAUCUCAAAUAGAACCCAUUACAUCAAAAACCCACUUUUAACUCUAUUCAUUUGAGCUAUUCCCACCUGUAUUUAAUAGGCUUGGUCUAUAGGAUGUUGUGAUGUCAUCUGAAGACCAGCAAUACUGUUGAUAGUUUUAAAACAAUGUGAAAAGUCUUUGACAUUUUAGUUCACAUUAUCACUAUUGCAGAGACAUUCAGCUGUGUUUUAUGCUGGGAAUAAUCAAACAGUACACAGAUCAGAAAAUAGCGUUAAUUUUGUUUUAUUCACAUCCCUGCACAUUUCGGCAUAUUUUAGGAGUUCUUCAAACAACUACAAAACACUGCUUCACUGUACAACAUCUCUAGAAUUAUUUGGAUAAUUUCAGCCCUGAAAUUGCCUCUCUACUGAACUAAAGAUAAAAUGUUGCUGUUAACUUGAAAAUUAGCAGUUCAUGACAUCACAAGGUAGAACAGAGCAGUUUGAGCUUUGGAGAUGUAGACAGAAUGUUAGUCAAAUGUGUGAAUGAAACAGCAACUCUGGGUUUUUGAGGAAGUAACGACAUUCUAACAUGGCUUAAAUGUAACAAGAGUCACGUAAUAUAGCACCUUUAAACCAAUGUCAAAGUUCUUUUCAAAUCAGACUAAACCUGAAUUAAAUCAGACUUCAAAUCUGGAUCUGACACAGGACCACUGAAGUUGACCAUUAUUCCCUUAUCCAGUCAUUAAUAAAUGUUGAUUAAUAUUUACCCUUUAAACAUUUCAAUUUCCUGUGUGUAAAUAUCAAAAUGUGAUUCCUGUGAUUUUGUAAAAUAAUUUUCUUUUUAAAUCAUUGGUUUGGGCACACUGUGGGGGCAGCAUAUCACUGGAUGCUGAAAACUUUAUUUGAAACAUUUUUUUCAUUCAUGUCAUGUUUGCAUUUUGGUUUUUCCAGAGGUGUAUUCAGAAUGUUAUUUUCACAUGUACCACAAGAGCAGACCACCUGUAAAUAUCAGCAUUAUAAAAUAAAGCCUAUACUAUUUUUCAAAACUA